GAGAGCCCGUGGACGUGCUGAAGGUCCUCCAGCUCCACUCCCUGCCCGAAGGCGUCAAGAAGGUGCCGGGUUUCUGCUCCCAACGCGGUGCCGCCUCCGACGGCGCCUACCGGAUAACGCGGCGGGCGCGGCUCAGCGCGCCCACCCGGCAGCUCUUUGCUGGUAAGCGGGCGAAACCGGGCCUGCCAGGACCGCAGGGACCCAACGGCUUCCCGGGACCCAAAGGACCCCCUGGUCCCCCCGGCAAGGAUGGACUCCCCGGGCACCCUGGGCAGCGAGGAGAAGUCGGCGAGGUGGGCGAGCCGGGACAGAAGGGCAGCAAAGGCAACAAGGGCGAGCACGGUCCUCCUGGUCCCCCUGGGCCCAUCGGGUCGGUCGGGCAGCCCGGAGCCGCCGGGGACCCCGGUGAAUCGGGAGCCCCGGGAAUCCAAGGGGAGCCAGGAGUCAAGGGGCCUCGGGGAGGGCGGGGGGAGACGGGGCAGCCCGGGGCUGCCGGUGCCGCCGGGCCGCCUGGAGGGAAAGGGCCCCCCGGCGAUGACGGGCCCAAGGGCAACCCUGGUCCCGUUGGCUUUCCAGGCGAUCCCGGACCCCCAGGUGAAAUGGGUCCCAGGGGCCAGGAUGGCACCAAGGGCGAGCGUGGGGAGGACGGCGAGCCCGGGGAGCCGGGCUCGCCAGGUCCAACAGGCGAGAACGGUCCUCCCGGUCCCCUGGGGAAGAGGGGCCCAGCCGGCUCCCCCGGCCCCGAGGGGCGUCAGGGUGAGAAAGGCAUGAAGGGAGAACCGGGCGCAGUGGGUGCUCCUGGCAAGACGGGUCCCGUGGGGCCCCAGGGCCUUGCUGGGAAGCAGGGCCCUGACGGUCUCAGAGGUCUGCCCGGCUCGGUGGGAGAACAAGGCAAACCGGGCACCACAGGCCAGGCUGGGCCGCCAGGACCAGUGGGCCCCCCGGGUCUCCCCGGCCUCAAAGGCGACACCGGUGCCAAAGGAGAGAAGGGCCACCCUGGUCUCAUCGGCCUGAUCGGCCCCCCAGGGGAGCAGGGGGAGAAGGGAGACCGAGGCCUCCCCGGCCCCCAGGGCUCCAUGGGGCAGAAAGGAGAAACUGGGAUCCCUGGUGAUACUGGACCCAUCGGCCCCGCUGGCCCCCCCGGACUUCCCGGCCCAGCUGGUCCCAAAGGUGCCAAGGGAGCCAUGGGCCAAGCAGGACCCAAAGGUGAACGUGGACCCCCGGGACCCCCCGGACACCCGGGCCCCCCCGGGGAGGUGAUCCAGCCCCUGCCGAUCCAGUUGCCCAAGAAGAGCAAGCGCUCCAUCGACGCCAGCAAGCUGGUGGACGAAGAGGAGGGUGAGGACGGAGACAGAGCAGCCGCCGACCAGGCGGCCCGCGACUACACCGACGGCAUGGAGGAGAUCUUCGGCUCCCUCAACUCCCUCAAGCAGGAGAUCGAGGGGCUGCGGCGCCCGAUGGGAACCCGGGACAACCCUGCCCGCACCUGCCAGGACCUGCAGCUCAGCCACCCAGGCCUGCCUGAUGGCGAGUACUGGAUUGACCCCAACCAGGGCUGCGCCCGAGACUCUUUCAAGGUUUACUGCAACUUCACAGCAGGCGGGGAGACCUGCGUCUUUCCCAGCAAGGAUGUACAGGAGGUGAAGGUGUCGGCGUGGGAGAAGGAGGUGCCUCAGCGGUGGUUCAGUCAGUUCCAGGAGGGCAGCAGGUUCUCCUACGUGGACUCGGACAGCCAGCCCCUCGGCGUGGUGCAGCUGACCUUCCUACGGCUCCUCAGCGUCUCUGCCCGCCAGAACUUCACCUACCACUGCCACCGCUCGGUGGCCUGGCACAGCACCACCUCCCGGGACCACCAGCGUGCCCUCCGCUUCCUGGCUGCCAACGAGGAGGAGCUCAGCUACGACACCAGUCCCUACAUCAAAGCUGUGAUGGACGGCUGCGCGGCACAAAAGGGCUCCAGCCGGACGGUGCUAGAGGUGAGCACGCCCCGCCUGGAGCAGCUCCCGCUGCUGGACGUGCGCGUCAUGGACUUUGGUGAGCCCGGCCAGAGGUUCGGGUUCGAGGUGGGCCCAGUCUGUUUCCUCGGCUAG